UCUAGCCGCCUUCCUUCGGCCCCGCAGCUUUUCUCUCUCCUCACCGUCGCGCGUGUGCCCCUCCUUUCUGUCUCUCUCUCCUCCGCGCGCGCUCCCUCACUCUCCUCCCAUCCGUCUAAUGGAGGCCCUCGCCGGCGCCGCCGCCUCGUCCGCGCUCCUCCCGGCCUUCCCCGCCCACCAGCUUCACUCCCGCGUGGCGCUCCGCGCCCGCCCCUGCGGCCCCCUUCGCGCGGCCGCCGGCGGCGGAGGCAAGGACGACGCCGCCAAGCCGAACGGGACCCCCGUCGUCAAGUUGAAGGUUGAUCCAAGUCAAAACGGAGCUCUCGGUCCGGUCACAACUGACAAGUCACGCACGACCUCAUCAACCAAUUCAACUCCGGACUCCAGUGGAUCCAGAGCUGGCUUGUUCAGAACCCCUAUAUCUGGUGGUGUGCAGAGUGCAACUUUUGCCCAUGGUUUACCUCCACCGGCUUUGGCUGUUCGCAAUUUAAUGGAACAGGCACGAUUUGCUCAUCUAUGCACUGUCAUGUCUGGCAUGCAUCAUCGACGUGCUGGAUAUCCAUUUGGUUCACUUGUUGACUUUGCUAAUGACUCAAUGGGCCACCCAAUAUUUUCUCUGUCGCCCUUAGCAAUCCACACUAGAAACUUGCUCUCUGAUCCAAGAUGCACACUUGUUGUCCAGGUACCUGGAUGGAGUGGAUUGUCUAAUGCUCGUGUCACAAUAUUUGGUGAUGUCUACCCUUUGCCAGCUGAGCAACAGGAAUGGGCACAUAAGCAAUAUGUUGCAAAACACCAACAAUGGGCGUCUCAACAGUGGGGAAAUUUUUACUACUACAGGAUGCAGAAUAUCAGCGACAUAUAUUUUAUUGGAGGCUUUGGCACUGUUGCAUGGGUAGAUGUGAAACAGUAUGAAACUAUUCAACCUGACAAGAUAGCAGUUGACGGCGGCGAACAAAGCUUAAAGGAGUUGAACGCUAUUUUCUCUAAACCACUUAGAGAGUUCAUGUCUGCUGAAGGGGAGGUUGACGAUGCUGCUCUUAUAUCCGUAGACAGCAAAGGGAUAGACAUUCGGGUUCGCCAGGGUGCACAGUUCAACAUCCAGAGACUUGCAUUUGAUGUACCAUACAAGGUGGAGACUCUAGAGGAGGCCAAGAGAGCACUCCAUAAGAUAAUCAAGACAAGCAGCAAAUAAGCCGAAGCGCACACGACCUGCACUUGGUUUCACCAGCCCUACAAGCCCACGCCGUGAGUCGACAAAAAUAACCAAGGAUAUGUAAUCUAGCGUACACAGACGCAAAAUAAGAUGAUUUCUCUUUAAUAAUGAGAAACUCCCUGGCAAGUCCCCAUAUAGUGUGUACCCAUAUGCUUGUAUCGCUUGAACUGUAGUGAAGCUAUGUUGUGCAGCCUGUGCUUGUGGAAGCCGGACGCUUUUGUCGGACAAGCUAGUUGUUGGUUUCUGUGUCCCGGCAUAGUUUAUUUUGACUAUGAUAUGAAGCAUCAGCAUCUGGACUCAA